UGGCUCACUGCCUUCCCAUUUUUUAAAUGAAAUCAAGCCAAAUUUCUUCAGGUUAAAAGGGUUAACAGAAGAAUAUUAAAAUUCAUAAGUCAAGAGUCAAGUCUUGUAUUUGACUGGAUCUUGUGCAAUAAUUACAUUUAUUCUACUCCAAUAUCACAUUUAUUAUAUUGCAAUAAAUACUCCAAAAUUACUGUAUUUAUUUGUCUCACUUCUUAUUUUAGGACCUUGUUUGUGGCAGACGGCAGAAAUCUCUUCGGCCGACAUCAAAACGAUCUAAAGUGAUCAGUGGCGCUGCAGCUGGACUCUUCCUCUGAGCCUCAGCAGCAGCAGGAUGAACACAGCCACCUCUGUCCUCAUCGUCCUGCUGUCCCUCCUCCUCCUCCUGUCCUCAGGUGAGACAGGAAGUCCAUGGACGGAUGAGAAAGACGGGAAGUCAGAGGACAGCAGAGAGCUGCUGCUCGCCCUGCAGAACGUUCUGGAGAAACUUCAGAACAGGAAGUCGUCAACGUUGAACAGACGACAGAGCCGCCUGCCGACCUGUGACGUCAGGGCGUCCUGUUCGGUGAAGAAAGGUCCUCGCUUCGGGCAGCUGUGUGACUGUCAGCCGGGCUCCAGGUGUCACUUCUUCUUCCACAGGUGUCUGUGACCUUCAUCAUCAUCAUCAUCAUCAUCAUCAUCAUCCCUGUGUCCUAACUGUAUCCUACAUUUCCCAUAAUGCUCCUGGAAUGUCUCUUAUUAGAGCCUGUAUGUUAUGCUGCAAUUCACUGAACCAGGAACUUAAAUAACGGAAAAUAACGUCCGAAGGAAGGUCAUUUAACCCUUUCAUGUAUAGACUGAUUUUAUUGUGCUGCACUCAAAAAACUUUGACAAGCAUGUAAACCUCUGAAAUUUGAUUUAUUUUGAAAACAUGGGGAGAAAAAGCAAUGAACAACUUGGCAAGA